UAGAGUCGUUAAUUGAAGAAUAUCAUAAAAAAUGGGAGAGAUAUCGGGCUUCCAGUUGGGCGUUCUGGGUGCAUUGUUUCUUUCCGUGGCGUCAUCAGUGUCCAUUGUCAUCUGCAACAAAGCCUUGAUGAGCAAUCUUGGUUUCCCAUUCGCUACAACACUGACUAGUUGGCAUCUGAUGGUAACGUAUUGCACACUUCAUGUGGCACAACGUCUAAACUUCUUUGAGAACAAACCAAUUGACAUGAAGACUGUGAUGCUCUUUGGCAUUCUAAAUGGUGUUUCCAUCGGAUUUCUCAACUUGAGCCUGGGAUUUAACUCCAUUGGCUUCUACCAGAUGACCAAACUUGCAAUCAUACCUUUCACUGUACUACUGGAAACUGUUUUCUUGAAAAAACAAUUCAGCCAGAAGAUAAAGCUCUCCCUUCUCCUCCUACUUCUUGGAGUUGGGAUUGCUUCUAUAACAGAUCUUCAGCUCAAUUUCCUCGGGACAAUACUUUCUCUUCUAGCUAUUGUAACAACUUGCGUUGGUCAAAUUCUCACAAACACAAUACAGAAGAGACUCAAUGUGUCAUCCACACAGCUGCUCUACCAGUCAGCCCCAUUUCAAGCAGCUAUUCUUUUUGUCUCAGGCCCUCCGGUAGAUCAGUUCCUCACCAAGCAAAAUGUCUUCUCACACAACUAUACUCCAAUUGUCUUGGGAUUCAUAAUCCUUUCCUGCUUGAUUGCUGUUUCUGUCAACUUUAGCACCUUUCUAGUUAUUGGCAAGACGUCACCUGUUACAUAUCAAGUCCUUGGCCAUUUGAAAACAUGCCUGGUUCUUGCAUUUGGUUAUACACUGUUGCAUGACCCUUUCACCGAGAGGAACAUCCUUGGGAUACUAAUCGCCAUUGUCGGAAUGGGCUUAUAUUCUUACUUCUGCACCAAUGAGAACAAGAAGAAGCAAUUAGGCGAGCUUCCAGUGGGGCCUCAGAUUAAAGACAAAGAUACUACACCACUUUUGGCUGUGAAGACCAUGGGCCAUCAAGACAAAGAAAGUGCAGAAGUUAAGAAAUCAAGCAAGGACUCUCUUGUUUAAGAUGUAGGCUUUUGAUGAAGAAUUCAUGCAUAAGCUAAGGUCUUUUCUUUCAGACAAUAUUCAUGAGUGUAAAAUUGAUUCUUUUGAAUAAGAAUUUCUCUUUCCAUUUCACUGGGUUUUCCUUCCCUUUCCCUUGUCACCAGGGUAUUGAAAGAG